AAAUCGGGUAGUUUUAAAAAAACCACCAAGCGAGUUGGACGCGUUACUCUUUGUAACGGAUCUCGGAACGCCGUGGGAGUCGGAAAGUCGGAAAAUCGCUGGACGCGUGUUCGUGCGUUUGCAUGUGUGCGUGCGUUCGUGUGUGUGUGUGUGCGAGCGGGUGAGCGAAUUAAAAAUAAAUAAAUCGCCAAGUCUGGCCCAAGAAAUGUGCGCUAAUCAAAGAAAAUGCCCCCGAUUAAGGCCAAUUGAGAAUUGUGGCUAAACAAAAUAUUCAACGGGAGUUCAAAAAUAAACAAUCCAGUGAAUAAACACAAAUAAUCAUCCAAAAAGGAGGAUUUUUCUUUUUAUUUUCGCUUUUAAUUUAUUAACGAGAAAGUAUUGGAAUAAAAUAAAAAUAUAAGAAAAAGUGUACGUGACAAGAGCUCAAAGAGAAGUAGCAAAAAAUAGCAAAAAUAAUUCGUGCGUGCGAAAAAGUGCUGCGAAGCUUUAUGGCCCAUGCAAAAAGUGCUAAAUCUGUAAAUGGCAUGGAAAGUGCAAAGCUCUGAUUAAAAACCCGCGAAGAUUGGAGUUCGCGAGGUGCCCAAAAACGCAACCAACUACUGCCCAAAGGAAAUUAUUAAGACCAACCAACGACCUUCGAGGAAACAAAAACAAAGCAAACAGAAAUUUUGUGCUAGUUCUGUUUAGUCGACACCAUCCACGUUGGAUCCCUAUCGCAAAUAAUGUCAUCAAAAUGUGCUUUCAACAUUGUAUUCGUAUCGAUCAUUUUCAUCAUCAUCGUAAAUGGUUACGCAAAAGAUAUUUCUGGAGUUAAAAGAGGUCAUGAGCGACUUAACGAAUACAUAUCCCACUACGAAACACUCAACUAUGAUCACGAGCACAUCCGAGCUAGUCACAAUAGAGCGCGACGAUCAGUGACCAAAGAUCAUUAUGUACAUUUAAAGUUUGCAUCACAUGGAAGAGACUUCCAUCUUAGAUUAAAACGUGAUUUAAAUACAUUUAGCAAUAAGUUAGAUUUUUAUGAUAGCAAAGGUCCCAUUGAUGUCUCCACGGAUCAUAUCUAUGAGGGCGAAGUGAUAGGGGAUCGUAAUAGUUAUGUAUUUGGUUCCAUACACAAUGGGGUAUUCGAGGGUAAAAUUAUAACGGAACGUGAUGCCUAUUAUGUUGAACAUGCCAAACAUUAUUUUCCCACAAAUCGCACGGCGACAACAACACCACCAACUUCGACGACAUCCUCAGCAACAACAGCCGCAAAAAACACACAACCGACACGGCCUUUGGCCAAAAGCAACACCAGUACCACUGCCGUUAAUACUAAGACAGAAAACUUUAUAAAGAAAAUUGCUGAAUCCACAACGACGAGCCAGCAGCUUCCAGAGAAUUUCGAAUCGUCGUCGUCGACAACAACAUUCCCACCCACAACAGAGUAUUCCGAGGACGAAAAGGAGCGUAAUGGCGAGGACGAACUUGAUUUUCACUCCAUUAUCUACAAGGAGUCACAUGUCGAGGACGCCUACGAAAAUGUGCGCGAAGGUCACGUGGCCGGCUGUGGCAUCACGGAUGAGGUCUCUCAGUGGAUGGAGAACAUACAAAAUUCAGCCGUCGAAGAGUUGCCGGAGCCCAUGUCAAAGGACUACCAAAAGCUCCACCGGAAGCAGUUGCACAAAAAGUCCGCCCCACAGCAACAACAACAGCAGCAGCAGCAGCAACAGCAGCCCCAUCCCCCCAAGAAUUACAUCAGCGGGGAUGAGGACUUCAAGUAUCCCCAUCAGAAGUACACGAAAGAGGCUAACUUCGCCGAGGGUGCAUUCUACGAUCCAUCAACCGGACGUCGCCUGGGCUCAUCGGCCAACGUGGCCGACUGGCAUCAGCUCGUCCACGAGCGCGUCCGUCGGGCCACCGACAAUGGUGCUGGGGAUAGGGGCUCAUCCGGCGGAUCUGGACGCGGUCGCGAGGACAACAAGAAUACCUGCUCGCUCUACAUUCAAACGGAUCCAUUGAUAUGGCGCCACAUACGCGAAGGCAUCGCUGACCACGAUCGCGGACGCAAGUACGAGGUGGAUGAGAAAACGCGCGAGGAAAUCACAUCGUUGAUUGCACAUCACGUGACGGCCGUUAAUUACAUUUACCGCAACACAAAGUUCGACGGACGCACCGAGCAUCGCAACAUUCGCUUUGAGGUGCAACGCAUUAAGAUCGAUGACGAUUCGGCCUGUCGCAACUCCUACAAUGGUCCACACAAUGCCUUCUGCAAUGAGCAUAUGGAUGUCUCGAACUUCUUGAAUCUCCAUUCCCUGGAAGAUCACUCGGACUUUUGUCUGGCUUACGUCUUCACCUACAGAGAUUUCACUGGUGGCACUUUGGGACUGGCCUGGGUGGCCAGCGCGUCGGGAGCCUCUGGCGGAAUCUGCGAGAAGUACAAGACGUACACGGAGACGGUGGGCGGACAGUACCAGAGCACCAAGCGAUCUCUGAACACGGGCAUCAUCACCUUUGUUAACUACAACAGUCGGGUGCCGCCGAAGGUCUCGCAGCUUACGUUGGCUCACGAGAUUGGCCACAACUUUGGGUCACCUCACGAUUACCCGCAGGAAUGUCGCCCUGGUGGCCUCAACGGCAACUAUAUUAUGUUCGCCAGUGCCACCUCCGGUGAUCGGCCGAAUAACUCCAAGUUCUCGCCCUGCUCCAUUCGGAACAUCUCCAAUGUCCUUGAUGUGCUGGUGGGCAACACGAAGCGGGACUGCUUCAAGGCCUCCGAGGGCGCCUUCUGCGGCAACAAGAUCGUGGAGUCUGGCGAGGAAUGCGACUGCGGCUUCAACGAGGAGGAGUGCAAGGACAAGUGCUGCUACCCGCGUCUGAUCAGCGAGUACGACCAGUCGCUGAACUCCAGUGCCAAGGGAUGCACGCGCCGCGCCAAGACACAGUGCUCACCAUCGCAGGGUCCUUGCUGUCUGUCCAACUCCUGCACCUUUGUGCCGACGAGCUACCACCAGAAGUGCAAGGAGGAGACCGAGUGCAGCUGGUCGAGCACAUGCAACGGAACCACGGCCGAGUGUCCGGAGCCGCGUCAUCGCGAUGACAAGACCAUGUGCAACAAUGGAACAGCGCUGUGCAUCCGGGGUGAAUGUAGUGGAUCGCCAUGUCUGCUCUGGAACAUGACAAAGUGCUUCCUCACCUCGACCACGCUGCCGCACGUGAGCAAGCGCAAGUUGUGCGACCUGGCCUGCCAGGAUGGCAAUGACACCUCCACCUGCCGCAGCACCAGCGAGUUUGCCGACAAAUAUAAUAUCCAAAAGGGUGGUAUUAGUCUGCAGCCCGGUUCGCCCUGCGAUAAUUUCCAGGGCUACUGCGAUGUGUUCCUCAAGUGUCGAGCCGUGGAUGCAGAUGGUCCGCUGGUGCGGCUGAAGAAUCUGUUGCUCAACCGGGAGACACUGCAGACGGUGGCCGAGUGGAUCGUCGACAACUGGUACUUAGUGGUUCUGAUGGGAGUGGCCUUUAUUGUGGUCAUGGGAUCGUUUAUCAAAUGCUGUGCCGUGCACACACCCAGUUCCAAUCCGAAGAAGCGGCGAGCUCGUCGGAUCAGCGAAACUCUGAGAGCUCCCAUGAACACGUUGCGUAGAAUGCAACGCCAUCCCAAUCAGCGAGGAGCAGGUCCUCGAAGCAUCCCACCGCCUGCCCACGAGGCGCAGCAUUAUCCACGCGGCGGAGAUGGUCGCGGCGGCGGCGGUGGAGGCGGAGGUCGUCACGGUGGCUCUAGGUCACACCAUCAGCAGCAUCCGCACGAUUGGGAUCGCCAUCAGGGCGGUCACUCAGUCGUGCCAUUGCCCACCGGCGGCAGCCAUUCAAGUCGUAACUCGGCGGCGAAUCAAGCGAGAAGGAGUGAUGGACGAGGUCCACGAUCCACCAGCAGUGGGCGGCCGCAGGCUACAGCCAGCGGAAGCGGUGCCGCCAGCGGAGCAGCGCGAUCUCAUGGCGGGUACGGAGCCGAGCAGGCGAUACCGGGUUCCAUUGGUGGUGGUGUCCAGGCGGCGAUUAGCAGCGGCGGAGUGGUGGCUCGGGCCCAGCUGCCGCUGCCUUUGCCGCCGCCAAAUGGACAGCAGCAAAUGCAACAGCAGCAACAACAACAACAACUGCAACUACAGCAACCGGCAAUUUCGCCGCAGCAGCAGCCACAGCAAGCGUUCUACACGCCGAAAGGCGUCGCGCCGCCGCCGCUACAAGUAAGCUUUAGUCGGCCCACAUCGUUGCACGAGCAACAGCAGCAGCAGCAGCAACAUCAUCUGCAACAGCAACUGGAACCGCAGCAGCAACACACCUAUGCCGAUGCUUAUGCGGCCUUGGGGCGGGGUCAAUAUGAGUCCACCACGCGGGCGCCCAACAACAGCAAGGUUUGACAGCCAAAAGCAGCAAUGGAGCGCCACAAAAGGCCAAGGGCUAAGCGACUCAAGCAGCAGGAGGAACAGCAUCCACGGCAGCCACAGCAAACAACACAGCCCAAACAGCAACAAAAGCAAAAACAACAAAAAUCAAAUGAACUCAAAUUAAAUGUAAAUGUAAUUUUUAUGCUAAUUAUUUUUAUUUAAACAGUGUUUGUAUGCCACAAGGGAAAACCGCCAGCAAAAAAAAAAAAAAGCAAAAAUAACAAAAAAAGGAGACAAAUUUCGUAAUACAGAAAAAAGCUAAAAGUGAAUGAUAUUUUUGAUUAACUAAAUUGAAAUGAAAAUACGAAUGCAAAUUAUGAAUAAUAAGAGUAAUUAAAAACGACAACAUGCAUUAUACAUAUAAAGUUGCAAGUUGCGUAUAUACAUUUGUAUGUAUAAAUUUAUUAUGCAUACACAAUUAUUAAAUAGCAGCAGCCACAACAAAGAAGUAAUAUACAUGAAGGAAAAGUAAGGUUUAAUUGUAUGAGAAUGCAUUCUAUAUGUCGGUGAGAUUUCUAAGCGCUAGGCAGAAAUACGAAAUUAAUUACACACUUGAAUAACGUAAUGUGUUUUGUACAAAAAAUUAAAGAAGUAAAAACAGUGCGAAUUAAAUAAGCGUCAUUAUG